AGCUCAGGCCAUGGCAGCGCGUCCUGUCGUGUCGGUCAUGUCGGCGACGGAGGAGGGGAAGAGCGUCGGCUCCCUCCCCCUCCCCCACGUCCUCCUCACCCCUAUCCGUCAGGACAUCGUCCACAGGGUUCACACCAACAUGGCGAAGAACAAGCGCCAGCCCUAUGCUGUCAACUCCAAGGCCGGUAUGCAGCAGUCUGCCAUUUCGUGGGGAACUGGUCGUGCUGUGUCCCGUAUCCCCCGUAUCUGUGGUGGAGGAACCCACCGAUCCGGCCAGGGAGCCUUCGGUAACAUGUGCAGAGGUGGACGCAUGUUCAACCCUACCAAGACCUGGCGCAAGUGGACUGCCAAGACCAACACCAACGAGAGGCGUGUGGCUGUGUGCUCUGCCCUCGCUGCUUCCUCCGUCCCAGCUCUCCUCAUGGCCCGCGGUCACCGUGUGAACAACGUCUCUGAGGUUCCCCUUGUUGUCUCCAACGAGAUCGAGUCGUACACCAAGACCAAGCACGCCCUCGACCUCCUCAAGCUCAUCAAGGCCAUGGAUGACAUCGAGCAUGUCAAGGACUCCAGGAAGAUCCGUCGUGGCAAGGGUAAGAUGAGGAACAGGAGAUACGUGCAGAGGAAGGGACCUCUCCUCGUUUACGCCAACAACAACGGCAUCGAGCAGGCCUUUAGGAACAUCCCCGGCCUCGACAUCGCCUGCGUUGAUCGCCUCAACCUCCUCAAGCUUGCUCCUGGUGGUCACCUCGGCCGCUUCGUCAUCUGGACCCAGUCCGCCUUUGAGAAGCUCGACAGCAUCUUCGGAUCCUACGACAAGCCCUCGGAGAUCAAGAAGACCUUCACCCUCCCCCGCAGCAUGAUGACCAACGCCGAUCUCGCUCGCAUCAUCAACUCCGACGAGAUCCAGUCCAAGGUCCGCACUGCCAAGGCUGGCUUCGCCAAGCCUUCGCGCAAGAGGAACCCUCUCAAGAACCUCGGAACCAUGUUGAAGCUCAACCCCUACGUUGCUCAGCUCAAGCGUGCCGAGAAGGCCAAGAACCUGGUCGGAGAGGCGAAGAAGAAGGUGCUCAAGCCCAAGGUCGCCGCUGGCGUCAGGAAGGCCGCGAAGAAGGGAAAGAAGACUUGCGAGAUCAAGUUCUGCGAGACCCUCCGUGCCGACCCCAAGACUCCCUGCGCUGCUUUCCUCGACUCCUACAACAAGGUCGAGGAGACCCUCCCCACCCUUGGCGGUCAGUGAGCUCUUCUAUCUUAUUAAAAACUACAGCGGAAU